AUGGAGAGAGACAGCGAGGCCACAUACUACCAGGAGUUCUUCCGCUCACGAGCACCAGAUCUUAUAACAGCAUUUGAUGAACACAGAGUGUCUCCGAAUUUCAAGUUUGGUGUCUUGUAUCAGAGAGAGGGACAGUUGACAGAGGAGGACAUACUCUGUAACAAUGAGGAAAGUGAAGAGUUUCAAGAAUUCCUCUCUAUUUUGGGAGCUACAGUCGCACUUCAAGGGUUCACUGGGUUUCGAGGAGGUUUGGACGUGUGUCACGGCCAGACAGGAAGUGAUGCGGUCUUCACUUCCUUCCACAGCAGAGAGAUCAUGUUCCAUGUGUCCACCAAACUGCCCUUCACAGAGGGCGAUACUCAACAGCUACAGAGGAAGAGACACAUAGGCAAUGACAUCGUUGCUGUUGUUUACCAGGAAGGCCACACCCCUUUUCUGUCUGAUGUCAUCAGCUCACACUUCCUGCACUGUUUCCUAGUGGUCAGGAGGGUGAGGAAGGGAGUGGGGGAUGAGGGGGAGGAGGUGUCAGUCACAGCCAGAGAGGAUGUACCUCCCUUUGGUCCCUCCCUCCCUGAUCCUCCCAUAUUCACAGAGAGCUCCCUGUUGAGAGAGUUCCUUCUGACCAAGCUUAUCAAUGCAGAGAUCUCCUGUUAUAAGGCUGAGAGGUUCAGUAGACUGGAGCUGCGCACUCGUUCGUCCCUCCUGGAGGGUCUGCAGGCGGAACUGUCCACCCGCUCCCAGUGCAUGAUGGGAGAUUCGCCUGUGUCUGCCCUCUCGACUUCUGAGGGGAUGAGGGGUGUAACUGAGGGGAGUGGAGGGUUCAUCGAAAACUUUAAGAGAGCCAUUAGGGUACGCAGUAAUUCUUUUGACACUCUUGGGGGACCUAGAAAGAUGGGAGGGGUGCCGCUCCCACAGAAGCCCAAGGCUGCUACAGAGAGAGAUGGAGAGAGUGAGUUGGCCUACAAGCCCCCUGAACCCAGCUUUCCGCCCACAGACAACCUGGGCUCCACAGAGGUCAAAGACCACUCCAGUCCCCAGGAGAAUACGUAG